CACCAGAGAAGGUUCCCCUUUGCAUCAACACCUACAACUACAAACACUCUCCUCUCUUCCUCAGUCCUCUCUACCUUUUUCUAUCACUAAUCGACCAACACCACCAUUUCUUCUUCUUCUGAAUCUGAAUCUGAAUUUAAUUUCUUUCAAUCUUCUAAGUUUGACUAAAGUUUUCAUUGAUGUCUGUGCCACUGGAACAUGAUUACAUAGGCUUAUCAGAUGCUUCUUCGUUGGAAAGAAGCUCUGAAUCCUCCAAUAUCUCUUCCGAUUCGGAAACCAACAAUGUUCUUAAUCUUAAAGCCACUGAACUCCGACUUGGGUUGCCUGGUUUUGCCAAAAAUUCCGAAGAAAGCGCCACCAAAUUUGCUCAUGUUAAGAACUUCAUGUCAGGAGCUAAAAGAGGAUUUUCUGAUGUUAAUAUUGAGGGUCCCGGCAAAUGGGUUAUGAACGGUGGUUCUGAAGCUGAUUUGGGUAAAACUUCUUCUGUUUUGUUUUCUCCUAGAGGCGGGAUUAAUGGUGGUUUAGAGAAAAAUCAAGUACAACAAUCGAUUUCACCUUCUAAUGUUCAACCUAUUGAAGAAAAGAAGAAAGAACAUGUCAGUCGAAAUGUUGCUCCUCCUUCUGCUAAGGCACAGGUGGUAGGAUGGCCACCCAUAAGAUCUUUCCGGAAGAACACCAUGGUCACCAAUUUGUCGAAAAACGCCGGUGAUGUAGCGACGGCGGAAGGGAAUUCCGGUGGCGGAGGGUGUCUUUAUGUGAAGGUGAGCAUGGAUGGCGCUCCAUAUCUGAGGAAGAUUGAUCUCAAGAUUUACCAUAACUAUGCAGAACUUUCACAAGCUCUUGAGAAAAUGUUUAGUUGCUUCACUCUUGGGCAAUGUACCUCUAGUGGACUUCGAAGGAGAGAAGGGCUUAGUGAAAGUAACCUAAAAGAUCUUCUUCAUGGAUCUGAAUGUGUGUUGACAUAUGAAGAUAAGGAUGGUGAUUGGAUGCUUGUUGGUGAUGUUCCUUGGGAGAUGUUCAUAGAUUCAUGCAAAAGAUUAAGGAUCAUGAAAGGCUCAGAAGCAAUCGGAUUAGCUCCAAGGUCGAUGGAUAAGUGCAAGAAUAAAAACUAGCAUGAGAUUGAGAUGCAAAUCUAAAAGAGACAUGUGAAGGGAAGAAAGAGAAAAGGGUUUUUGGAAAACCUCCAAGAGUUAAUAUAUGUGCUUGGAUAUUUUUGAGUUGUAGUUUUAUUGUAUUUUUCAAUCAUUUUAGUAGGCAAAACUCAUAACUGGAAGGAAGCAUCCAGUUCUUUGGUGUGUGUUGUACCACUUGACAUUUCUUAUGUAAAUGGCUUUUGUCUCCUACUCA